CUUGAAUUCGAACAAUUAUCUCGAUCCAACAAAAAGAACGAAGCGAAGCAGGCCUCUUUGAUUCGUGCCGUUGAUAUGCUACCUGCGGCAAUCCAAACGGGGACAAUUUGAAUUUCCCACCAUAAUAACAACGCUUGUCCGCAUGGGCAAGACAUGCCUGAUAUGGCGCACAAACGUCGUCCACAUGCGCGCCGACAUCAUGGCAGUGAUGGCGUGAGACAUGGCGAUAAAGGAGAGCCCAGUGCAAACGAACACACGGGAUUCGGUUCCAACGAAUCGGAAUAUCAGACACCUGACGCCGUAUGGUCUGCCCCGAUCAUGGACCCUUCGGGAAACUUCAUAUACCGGACCGUGACCCUGGCAAACGGCGCGUUUCAUUAUCAAAUAGACGGGCCGCAGGCGUACGAUGGGGCCAUAUCAGGGACCUGGUCCGAGACUUGGCGUCAUGCCAUGUAUCACCCUACGGUCGGGGGAUCUGACCUCAAUCCUCUCCCCGCGCCUGGAAAACUGGAAGCACAGAAGUCAAGUACCAAAAAGAGGCAGAAGAAGAAAAAGAAGAAGAAUGAUUCGUUAACAAAACAGAUUUUUGUUGAAAGAUAUUCCAACGGAGACAUUAACAUUGUCACUCCCAAGGACUUUGACAGAAGCAAAGUUCGUGAGAUAAUUGUUGUUUUAAAAACGACUUCAGACGUUGAUUUGUAUCCCGUUCGUCGCUGUUCUGCAGGCCAUAGGGCACAUAAGAAGGUCAAAGGAGCAACUCAUGACAUGAAAGGCGCAUAA